UGGACGACGGGAAAUGUAGUUGGAGGAAAGAUUACCCGAAAUGCAACAGCAUUGGGGGAAAUACCAGCCAGGCGGGCAAUAGGAAAAGAAGCAGCACGCGAGGAUUCGAACUGUGACGUUUGGCACAUAAACAGAACUAAAGAAGAAGAAAAGAAGAGCGGAAACCAAGCGGACUUCAGUUUUACAACCGCCGUGUUUCUGUUGUGUUCUGAGUCAAGAUUAAUCCGCAGAUCCGUCUCUCACGCCGGUGUCACUCAUGGCUAACUAGCGUGUUAGCUGUGAUGCUGGAUCAUCUCGGCUAAAAGCUGAAGUCCAGAUAAGCUGCUCGGUGAUUAAUGUUAAAUAAACAAUGUCCGGCUUCAACUUUGCAUCGGGGACCCUCGGUCCAGCCACCGCGGGCGGGGGGUUCGCCUUCGGAGCAGCAACCAGUGCACCUGCAGCCAGCACCGGUGGCUUCUCCUUUGGGUCUGCUCUUGGCGCAGCAGCAGCUCCCCCGGCCUCCAUAGCCAACACCACCGCGUCUCUGGGCCUCGGCGGCGGCCUCGGCGGCAGCCUCUUCGCUCAGAAGCCCGCAGGAGGGUUGUCGUUCAACACGCCUGCCCAAACUAACACCAUCCCACAGGCCCAGUUCCAACCUGGCCCUGCUGCACCCACCACAGGCCUUACAUUAGGUGCUCCAGCCGCCUCGGUUGCCCCCGCAGGCUUUAGCCUAGCUUUCAACAAGCCCACCGCCUCAGCAACACCAUUCUCCCUCACCGCCUCCACCGCCUCGUCAGCCCCUGCUGGGGCAGGUUUAACGUUUGGUUCAGUCCUGACAUCCAUGGCUCCGCAGCAGCCUGCAGCCACGGCCUUCACCCUCGGUCUUGGUGCCGCCACAACAACCACCUCAGCAGCCUUAGCGGGCCCAUCACUGGGCGGGGGGCUCUUCUCCAACACAGCCUCUACAGGUUUGGGUCAGACACUUGGAGGAGGCAGCUUGACGUUAGGUUCUCUGUUAGCAACCUCCACAGCUGUAUCAGUGGCCCCUGCCCCCAGCGUUGGCCUGGGAGGAGUCGACUUCAGCACUUCAUCAGAGAAUAAAAGUGACUCAUCGUCUGGAGCCAACGCACAGGACAGUAAAGCUCUAAAAGAUGAAAAUUUGCCCCCAGUCAUUUGUCAGGAUGUGGACAAUUUCCAAAAAUUUGUGAAAGAGCAGAAACAGGUUCAGGAGGACAUCAGCAGGAUGUCAUCUAAGGGCAUCUCGAAAGUCCAGGAUGACAUCAAGAGUCUCAAACAGCUUCUCUCUGUCAACGCCAGUGGUCUGCAGCGCCAAGCUCUGGCCAUCGAUAAGUUAAAGCUGGAGACGGCGCAGGAGCUGAAAAAUGCUGACAUAGCACUGCGGACACAAAAGACUCCCCCUGGACUUCAACAUGAAAACACUGCACCAUCUGAUUAUUUCCGCAGUCUGGUUGAACAGUUCGAGGUGCAGUUGCAACAGUACCGCCAGCAGAUAGAGGAGCUAGAAAACCACCUGACGACGCAGAGCAGUGGCUCCCACAUCACCCCUCAGGACUUGACCUUGGCCAUGCAGAAGUUGUACCAGACAUUUGUUGCUCAGGCCGCCCAGCUCCAGUCAGUUCAUGAAAAUGUCAAGAUCUUGAAGCAUCAGUACCUCUCCUUCCGCCGAGCCUUCCUGGAAGACUCCACAGACGUCUUCGAGUCCAAACGGGCCUCCAACAGGAAGUGGCAGAGCACGCCGCGAGUCACAACUGGGCCCACCCCAUUCUCCAGUGUGCCCAACGCCGCAGCAGUUGCCAUGGCAGCCACGUUGACCCAGCAACAGCAGCCAACUACAGGGACCCAGGCACCCUUGGGGGCAGGGUUUGGAAACCCCUUUGCCUCGGCAGUGGGCAGUAGCUUGGGCUCUUCUACCCUUGGAGGUUUUGGUGGUGGGCCAGGAUUUGGUGGGGUGGGGACUGGGGGUUCUUCUUUUGCCUUCUCCUCCACCAGUAAGCCCACAGGAGGCAGUCUGAGUGCAGGCUUUGGCAGCAGCAGCACCUCAGGCUUCAACUUCAGUAACCCCGGGAUCAACCCCUCGGCCGGCCUGACCUUCGGCGUGUCGAACCCACCGGCCGCCGGCUUCGGCACGGGAGGGCCGCUUCUCCAGCUCAAGAAGCCCCCUGCUGGUAAUAAAAGAGGCAAGAGAUAGGAGCAGGGAAAGACAGAGAGAAGCCCUGCAACUGACCAGCAUGGGGUUUGCACAGGGUAAAGCCUGGUCUCCCAAAAAGCAUACAAGCAUACAAUAGUCCUCUUAGAACUAGCAGUCAAAGAAAAUGUAAAUCUGCUGAAAUCAUCAGGGACGUGAUUGAAUACAACGUCGAACAGCAACACAGGAUCAUAAAAUCACAUUGACCAGCUAGUGUCAUCUUUCGCUCUCACACUGUUCUACAUUGAUUUCAUUUAAAUUAGUAUUCUUCCAAAUUUCAGUACUCAUACAAAAAGUUGCCCAUAUUAACAUGUUCUUCUCAGUUUUUUGUCAGUUACUUGGGCCUUUUAUAUUCGGUUACUCUGGGUCAAUGCAGUAGAUGUCUUUGGAAAGGCUAAAAAUAGCGGCUGCAUGAAUGUAAAUAUGAGUUGCAGAUUUGCAUCACCUCAAAACUUCAUGAUCUGGAACGCUGCUAUGCUUUUUGGGUUGCCAGCCACGGACAGAGUUGGGUCAAAUACACGUCAUAUCAGCUCUGUGAGGAAUUGCUUUAGUCUGAAAAUUUUUACAAGGAUGGAUAAGCUUUUGCGCUUCGAGAGGGACAGUGCUAAAACAUUCUAUCAACUGGAAACCUGCACUGAAACGCCUCUCAAAUGACGACGUGGCCCAAGUCUUGUCCAAGGAAGGGUUAGAUAAGGUGUGAGGAGAAGAAGGUCAUGGGGUAUUGGUUGAGAACAGCAGAGUUGGUAUCAGUGGGGGUUAGCAUCUGAUUCUGGAUAGUUUUUUAGCCACAGGAGAAUGUCCAGGGUGGGUUUUUUGGGGGAAGCACAGUUUUAUUUUUGUACCAGGUUGAGAAAGAGACAUUGGAGAGGGGUAAAAAAAAAAAAAAGGGGGACUACCACCUCGGUAUCUAGUCCAUAUAACCUGUGUUGUUUGUUUUCUCUAGACUCCAUCCUUAUAAUUGUUUAAUUACUUUUUAGACACAUUCUGUUUUCCCUGUGUACCACUGUAAGAAGUCGGGAGAGGAAACUGCGCUGCUUGUAUUACACGGCUCCCGUAAGAUGUUAAGUCAGCUGAAUCUAAAAGGGAUUUUCACGAGCAGAUUCUACCCAAGCGACUAAGUUUAUAGACGUGCUAGAACAAGUUUGCACUUGCCGGUGUAUGUGACCUGACAGUGAUUGUGUGAAUGUGCAUGUGUGUCCAUCAUAGUUGCUCGACUUCUGUUGUGGUUGUGUGGCGGUUAAUCUGCUUUUUUAAACUGUCCCAAGUCUUUUCUGAUACCAAAUACUGGUAGUUGUACUAUUAUUUUCUAAUCACAGUCUGUGUAAACCUGUAUUUUCAAGAAGCUGUUUAAUAAUAAAAUCUUCAAUAUGACGUCUUGCCUGUUUAUGGCAUCACUUCAAUAAAUGUGUUGACGCAGAA